GCUACUCCCGUCUACUUUGCUGGGAUUCCCGUCAUGCAUGGCAAACCCGGUUCCCCUGGGAUACCAGGCCGCGACGGACGAGAUGGCCGUGAAGGAGCCAAAGGUGACCAAGGUAUCCCAGGGAAGACUGGACCCCAGGGGCCUCCGGGACCUAGCGGAAAAACGGGUGCCAAUGGAAAUGACGGUGCUAAAGGAGAACGCGGAGCCCAAGGACCCCCAGGACAAAAGGGGGAACGCGGGGAGAGCGGAUUAAGUGGAACCCCUGGGAAUCCAGGUCUGAUGGCUUUUAAGAACUGGAAGGAAUGCGUUUGGAAAAACAUCAAUGAUGGCAAAGAUAAUGGGCUGAUCAAGGUAAACACAUUUUUCUUUACCCGUUCAUUACAUCAAGGUCUAAUCAGGGUUAAAGAGAAGUUUUUUCAGUAUUUGUUUUGAUAAAGAAGGAAAAAUAAUAACCAUUGCCUAAUAAUAAUAAUAUAAAUAAUAACACUAAUAAUAAAAUUUAAAAAGCACUUAAUUUAGCUUAAAAAAAAAAGUUAAUUAAAACUAAGAAAAAUUUUUUCGAAUUAAAAAACAUUUCAUUUCAAUAAAAAAAAAAACUGUCAACCUCUAAGAUUCAAAAGUUUCUUUCAACUGCUAAAAAACAAAAAAAUACUAUAGUAAGUGUUUAUUGACGAUAUAUCCAAUACUAGGAAUAUGGCUCAUCACAUGUUAGUAACUAACUCACUAUCACUUUUAUACUUAUUUAAAAAAUCAAUCGGGUGUAGGUUAUCAUUUCUCUAAAACAAUGAAAAAUGAAAUGAUAAUGAGACAAUAGCAUUAAAAAUCAGAGAAAAACUAAGGGACAAAAGAUAUAGAAAAAGCUUAAGGGCGUGAAUAGAUCAUGACCAGUUUUCAUUUCCCUUGCUUCUAAGCAUAGAAGACUGUUUUAGUCGUACAUUUUUACUAGCAUAUCUGUUUCUCUUUUUUGUAUAGGAAUGUGUGUUCAGCAAAAACUUCUCUGACACUGCUCUUCAUGUAUACUGGACGGGUACUCUAAGAACCUAUGCAAGCAAUGGCUGUAAACGCUGGUACUUUACUUUCAACGGUGCAGAAUGUUCCGCUCCCCUACCCAUUGACGGUGUUGUGUACGUCCGCAGCAAAAAUGUAAACCCUGUUCGCGUCCGCCACAUUGAAGGCUACUGUAAUAACAUUCACAAAGGAAAGGUGCGCGUGGGAUUCUGGGUUGGUAAAUGCGAAGGGUACAAUGGAAACUAUGACGCCCACACAGGAUAUCGUUCUGUGUCCCGCAUCUUCGUAGAGGAGGUUCCCAAAGCCCAAGCUUAG